AUGUUGCUGGAACUUAUGGACACUAAAGGGGCCACUAAACUCACCCCUGUAGUGACCGCUAUUCUCGGUUUUAGUGGCCACUAUAAAGGUUCUCUAUUUAGUGGCCACUUGAGUAGUUUUUCACCCAGUAUUCCUUCCAGUACCUCUGAUAAUUUUAAAACAAACAUAUUGGACCAGUUAUGUUGAUCCGUUGAUCCCUAAAGUGGCCACUUUUAGUGGUCUAGUAGUAACACUUAGACCUCUAUAGUAACCCCUUAAGUGGGUACAUCAAGAAGGGUUCUGGUCAAUUUUCAGGAAGCAAAGUAAUAUGACCUUCCUUGACAGGAAUGUCCAGUUUCUACCCAUCAUAAUGAAAAAUGAGAUUACUGUUUCAAGGUUUUAAUUUAUAAUUUAUGAAUCUUUGUGAUUGAUCUUGCUGAAUUUUUGUUCUAAUUCAAUUUUAAAAUCAUGUUUAGGGUGAAUUUUAAAAGAUCUAUGUUUACUAAUUUACUGGGAAGAUUUUUAGUGUCCACUAUAGGGUUUUGAAGUUUUAGUGGCCACUAUAGUAGUCAAAUUAGUGGCAACUUAGGGGUUAGUGGCCGCUAUAGAGGUCCAAGUGGCCACUAAAAUUUUUAGUGGCCACUUUAGGGGUCACUGGAUCAACAUAACUGGUCCAAUCUGUUUGUUUUAAAAUUAUCAGAGUUACUGGAAGGAAAUCUGGAUGAAAAACUACUGGAGUGGCCACUAAAACGGAAAAUAGUGGCCACUAUAGAGGUGGCUCUAGUGGCCACUUUAGUUUCCCCUCCAAGUGGUCCUUGGCGAGCCUCUAUAGUGGCCACUUAAAAUUUUCUCAGUAUUCCCGUUUAUAUAGCUGAUUCACGGUUAGCUUGGGACUCGAAGGGGGCGUGUCCUGUCUGCGCUCUCCACGAGCCAGGCGCUAUCUCGUGCAUUAUCGUGUCAGGACCCGUUUUUCUAUGGCUUAAGCCAGCCGUGAAUCAGCUAUAUCAAUUUUUCAAUUUUUUCCAUUUUUCCAAAUCAUUUUCAGUCCUGUUCUCACAAUUCGACCCGGAAAAAAAAUAUUCUCAGAGCAAAAAUUCCUCGGCGAGUGGCGCGAAGGAGUUCAGACAGGCCUUGGCACGGCAAUCGAUAUAAAUGGCGUUUUUCGGCAGGGAGAAUGGCUCGACGGAACUUUCAAGGUACCCGAAAUCAGGAGAAAACGAUGGGAAAAAUAUUCCAGAAAGGAAUCGUCGUGUGUCCCUCGCCCCAGGAGCCGGACUCCUAUGUCGAAUUCGUCGGCGAAAUGGCUGGGAAUGAGAUUUCCAAGGUUAUAUUUUGGAAGGAACACCAGAGUGGUCUCUAUAGGCAAUUUUCAAAGCAACGAGUACAAAAAAAAUUUUUCUUUGAUUCUGAUGAUCUUGUGAUAAUUGUGAUAACCCAUCAUCAGAAAUGCGACGCAACUUUUUGAGCCAUUCCCUCUUACUGUAGGCACCUGCGUAUCUAACUAUUGAAGAGUUUUUACUAGGCAAGUGAUAUAUCAAUCGAUAGGUAAUCCAAUUUUAGGAACUUUUAUAGUACAAACCAUCUUGGAUUACUGUAGAAAUUUUUUGAGAUAUGGUAAUUUUCAUGUUUGAAAAAACGGUUUUUCUUUUCUCAGAAACCUCAGAAAAAUCGAACAACUGAGAAAUUUUCAGAGGGGUCCCUAUAGGUAUUCAAAAAAAAUUCAUAUAUUCCCUUAGCUCUGCUUGCCAUCAUAGCCUUCUGAAUAUUUUGAAGCGGGUUUUGCUAAGCUCCGCCCAUUUCUGAGUUACUUUAGAAAAAAACAGUAAGACCAACAUUUUUUUUUUCUGGCUUCAAACUAUUUUUAAUGCAAAGUACGUUUUUAGAGGUGCUCAAAUCCAGGAAUCUAGAGCUCAAAAAUCUCGAAAAAUGUCGAUUUCCGAAAAAUUAAAAUUUUUUUCUUUUGAAAGGAAAUUUUUCCCAAGUCAUUCCCAACACGAAAAAUGAAUAUUCAGAGGAUUAAUUUUUCAUUGAAAUUGGGAGCGAAGAAAACAAUUUUGGUUGUACGGUGUUUUUUUACAGUAAGUCUGAAAGUGGGCGGAGCUUGAUAAAAUCUGAUUUUUAGAAUUUCAAAAAUUCAGUAGGUCUCUAUGGUGGAAAGAGAGCUCUUGGAAAAUUUUUUGCAAAAAAAAAGUCAAUAAAUCAUUUUAGGGUCAACUAUGGCUGAAUAAUCGAAAAAUCUGCCUCAGCGGCUCAUUUUCCGGCAAUAUCUAUCAAGGAACAGUGAACGUGGCGGAAGCCCAGUUGGUUCUGAACAAACCGGCCCCGUUCUGUGAGUUUCCCGGAACGGACGAGUGGAAAAGGUCGAGUUUUUUUUGGGUGUGAAAAGAAAAAAAUGAGAAAAAUGAGGCGGAAAUUUCCUAAAAAUUAAAAGGAAGUCAAAAAAAAGCACGAUUUCGAAAAAUUAACCACUCAAAUAGGGUCGAAAUGUUCCUUUUGAGGCGACAAAGGUUCCUUUUUUGCUGCCCUUUUGGGCCAUUUUCUCAGCCCUUUUGCACCAUUUUUGCUGCCUUUUCUUUUUUUCUUUACCAUUUCUUGAACCUUUGAAAUCACAAAAAAAAGGAAGGCUCGAUAUAGGGACUCUUUUUGCGGCCUUUUCGCUACCUUUUCGCAGCCUUUUUGCGGCCUUUUUGCUACCUUUUUGAAGCCUUUUUGCGGGCUUUCUACGGCCUUUUUGCAGCCUUUUUGCGGCCUUUUUGCAGCCUUUCUGCGGCCUUUUUGAAGCCUUUUUGCUGCCUUUCUGCGGCCUUUUUGAAGCCUUUUUUUAACCUUUCUUUUGACCGAUUUUAUCUAAUGACAACCUCUUUUUUUCUUUCUGAUAGUAAAAAAAGGCAUGAAUCGACAAUAACUUCAACGGAUUUCGGUCCGUAGUUUUUUUGAAAAUGAAUAAUAUCAGUUGAAAAAUAUAAAACACUUUUUCUGUUUUUUUGAAUAACUUUUUCCGUGAUCAUGUGUAAGUGUACCCACUUUUUAAUAAGUUUGAAACCCCCCCUCCCCCUCCAAAGAUUUUUUUCUAGUCUCAACCAAUUGCCUUGCAGAACCCCGGAAGCUUCUCAAUGGACCUACGCGAUCGAGAAACGAUGGCAGCCAUUGAUCGACGUCUUCAUGAAGGAAGAACUCGGGAGCGUCGAUGGAUUUGAGACGAGUGUCGCGAUCAUUUGGUCGAACCUCGUCGGUAGCAUGAGAAUCGGCAAGGAACUCGUGUCCGGGGACCUCAAGUUUGUCCUUUUUAGGGUUUCACUAGUGAAAGGGUCUUUUUUUUCCUCUUGCUGCGGCUCUCAUUCUUAAAAUUUGCUAUCAAAACGAAAAUUUCCCGAAAGUCGGAAGGACCCAUAAAGGCUCCACAGAAAUGUUCCUUUUUUGCUGCCUUUUUUGGCCAUUUUAUCAGCCCUUUUUCACCAUUUUUGCUGCCUCUUUCAUCUUCCACCAUUUCUUAAGCCUUUAAAGACCCAGAAAAAAUGGAAGCCUCAAAAAGGGGCUUUUUUGCGGCUUUUUCGCUGCCUUUUUGCUGCCUUUUUGCUGUCUUUUUGCGGCUUUUUUGCGGCCUUUUCGCUGCCUUUUUGUGGCCUUUCCGUGGCCUUUUUUGAGCCUCUCCCUUUUUUCGGCCAAUGUCCUCCAUUCCGACUUUGCCCGAUUUUAAGAAAUUUUUAAACCCGUUUUUUGAAGUAUGCUUGAUUUUCCGGUCAUAUUUUAGGCCUUGAAAAGGGUUUUUUUGAAUUUUUUAUGACGGAUAAUUUUUUUGGGGUCCAUUUUUUGCUGUAUUUUUAGUCCAAGCUCAAAGUUGAUUUUCUGAAAUUUACUUUUUCCAUUGCUCUGAUUCUGAAAAUACUGGAUCAAAUUCAUUUUUCACGGUUUAUUUUUGAAAAAAAUUUCCAAGCGAUAGUUCCCAUUUUGAGACUUUUUGCCGGGGUUUAGCGGCAUUUUAGAAGCUGCAGAAUUAAAUAAUUCCUUUCAGUAUGGGAUUCUGCGACGCUCUGGAAACGAUAUCGAAGUAUGGAGCUGAUUGGAAUGAGGAUUAUUAUCGAAUGGUUGCCGAAUACUGGCGAUUGGUGAUCUUUUAUCAAAGAAAAUUAUUUGAAUACACUUCAAUUUUCAAUGCGAAAGUAUGAAAAAGUCAAAAAUUGCAUGCUACUAAAGGAGCAUCGUGACGCGCGAAAAAACCUUGACGCGAUAGUUACUGUAGCCCGGGCGAAUUUAACAGCUUGACAUGAAAGUUGAACGCACUCAUUAUAGCCCAUUCCACGCCAGCUUGUCACGAUUUUCUCUCUCUCUUACGAGCUACAGAACCCACUUCCCUUCGAUUGCGUUCGGCCUGUCUCUAAGAAUGCGCCUUUAAUAGAAAGGAACUUAAAUUUGACUCGGGAAGUGGAAUUUGAUAAAUUUUGGUAUAAAGGUACUUUUGGACACCCUGAAGCCAAAGAAUUUGAAAAAAAUGUUGCUCAAAACGACAUUAAAUAGUGAAAUUCAACAUUUUUCUCCAAAAAAAAAAUUGGCAAAAAUAAGUUGCACCAAAAAGGAUUCGAACCUGCAUCAUAGGUUCCUUAGCGCAAGGCCGCUAGCCACUACACCACGCCGCCUGCUGAUAGCUAUAGUUAGCCGCUGCGAUACAUUCCUUUCUUCCAUCCAACUCGUUUUUUGCUUGCGAACUUUGAGGUGCCAUAACUCGACUAGAACCAAAAAGGCGCACUUUUUUUCAACUUUAUUGGAAUCAGGGUUUUCAAAAGUAUAUACCAAGUUUUAUCGAAUUCUCAACCCACUACCUUUUGCAUUUCCUAGUUUUAGAAGAAUUUUUUCCGUACUUUUGGUCAGGGUUGGUCCCUAUAGGGAAAAUCUUAUAAGCGCUUAAAGGCCUCUCCCCCCUCUAGGGACCACUUAACCUUUCCUUAUAGGUGCCACUAAAGCAAGCGAAAGUGGCCCCUAUAGGGGAGCGUUUCAAAUUUUCAAAUAGCUACUGUUUUUUCCAGGCCAUGGACAAUUCCUACCAUCCGCUUUAUCGGAUUUUCCACGGCUUUGUCCAAGUCUUCAACACGUCCUACAGUGGAAUGGCGGCCCAUAAGAAUCUCCACGGGCAGGCCUUGCUGGAACUCGAUCAUAUCAUGAGCUCCACUUAUGGAGUAAUGAGGUGGAGUUUGAAAAUCUAACAAAACUUCGAAGGGAGGCAGAUUGGAUAUACACUAUAGAGAUUCUCUAUUUAGUGACCACUUCAGUAGUUUUUCAUCCAGUAACUCUGAUAAUUUUAAAAACUAUGAUUGGACCAGUUAUGUAGAUUCAUUGACCCCUAAAGUGGCCACUAGUUUGACUACUAAAAUUGGCAUUUUUUGGAAUUUUUGGAAAAGACAUAAAAAAAUUGAAUAGAUCGUAUCAGCGAAUAUGCUCCAAUAGUUAUGAAAAUGAGUUCAAAAAUUCAGAAAAUAUGGUUACAGCAGAAAAUUUUUUUUUUCUGAAGGAAUUAAUUUUUUCCUCAUCGAUUUUUUUGCGAUUUCCGUGGAGUUAUAUCUUUUUCGUCUUUUGGAACUCCAGAGUGGUCCCUUUAGGGACUUUAGGGGCUUCUUUAGGGUCCUUCGAAGAUCCCCCUCUAGGGACUACUUCACAUCCUCCUAUAGGGGCUUUUAAAGCUCGCAAAAGUGACCCCUAUAGGGGACAUGCUAGUCGAUUUUUGUAACGAAGCCCUUGAUUCAGAAAAAAUCGAUAAUUUGUCGUUUUUUGAAUGAAAAAGUAUUAAAAAAGAGGAAAAUGUGAUCAAGAUUGUCUUGUGAAAAUAAAUUGUAAGACCCCUGAAGGGGUCACUUGAGCUUAGGAGUCAGAAAUUCCUAUAGGGACCAUCUCAAAUUUAUCCCUCUAGGGAGCACUUCUUUGUUCCUUAUCGACUUUUUGACUAAAAACUCAUUUAAAAAAAAUUGAAACACCCCUAUAGGGACCACUUAGCCUUCAGGAGCCUAGGAGUCAGAAAUCCCUAUAGGGACCACCUCAAAUUUACUCCUCCAGAUGCCCUUUUUGUGUCUUCUAGGGGCUGUUUUCUCCCUGAUCCCUAUAGGGAUCACUCUGGCGUUUCUAGAAAAAUUUUCUAACCCAACCUUAAAAUCGAAAUGUUUUCACCGCUUUUUUAUCUUUAAAUAUAAUGAGAGUUCAAAAUUUAGUUGAUCUUUUGAUUCGAAAAAAAAUAAUCCAUAUAUUUUUCUAGAAAAUUGUUCCCGAACCUGCCGGAAGAUGGGAAUGAUAUCGUUUCCUUGGAUGGACAUACUCCUGAAAAUUCAAUUUCCGGUUCUUCUGAUGAAGAUGAAGCUUCAGAAAACGCAAGGAGAACUUCCAGGUCUCAAAAAUAAAGAAAAUUAGAAUAAAAGCUUCAUUUUUAAGCUCGUCGAUCGAAAAUCGGACGAAAAUUUACAUCCCCCUGUGCAAUUUUGUCUAUGAGGUACUUUUAAAAACAAUUUUGGGUUGAUUUUGAUUUUCAAGGAUUUUUUCCUGCAUUGUUCGCCGGUGGUGUUCACGAUCUGCUCAUUGGCGUCCAAUGAAAGGGAUGAUAUUUAUUGGAAUCGGGUCGUUUAUCUCAACGCCCACACGGACAUGAAGCUGUUGAGCUAUCUGGAGGUGCCGAGGUGACGAUUUUUAGGAAUUUUGAAGGGUUGGGACAGGGAAAAAUUGAGUUUUAACAUAAUAUUGUGAAAAAAAAUUUUUUUGAUCGUUUUCUCUUGGUUUUUUAAGAUUUACAAGCGAUUUUUUGAUGACUUUUGAAAGUUUUUGGGUAAAAUAGAGUAGGAAGGGAAAUUUGAGAAGAAAUCACUUCAUGAAACGAAAAUUUUGGGAAUUUUGAAGGGUUAGGACAGGGAAAAAAAGGAGUUUUUAAGGGAAAAAAAUUUCGUGGGAAAAAAAAAUUUUUUUGGUCAUUUUCUCAGUUUUUUUAAGAUUUACAAAGCAAUUUUUUUAAGAAUUUUUAAAAGAUCUUGGAUUUAUUACAAUAAAAAAAAUGGAGUUUAAAGGAGAAUUUGAAAAGAAAUCGCUUCAGAAAACGAAACUUUUUAAAAAAAGAAUCUGAAAAAAAUUCAUAGUUUUUGGAAACUAUGUUUUUAGUGAAAUUUUGCUGAAAAACGAUUUUUUUAUUGAUUUUUUUCCUAACAAUUUAGGAAGUUCGCAAGUUUUAUGAAGAUUUGUGAACGAUUUUUUUGAUUCGGGAAAUUUCAAAGUUCAGGAUAAAAAAAUUGAAAUUUUUAAAAGUAAUUUUGCGGAGAAAAAAACCAUUUUUAUGAAUUUUUUUCUCAGCAAUUUAGGAAUUUUUCGUGAGAUUUUUAAAUUUUAUUUCCUUUGAAGAAUCAACUUUGUUUAUUUAGAGAGGCCGAGGUGAAGUUUUUUAGAAAGAUUUCGAAAGUUUUCAAGUUUUUGGUCAAGAAAAAAUGAAGGUCUAAUGGAAAUUCGCGAAAAAAAUCGCUUCUUUACACGAAAUUUUUCAAAAAUAAAAAUUUUUUUCUGGAUAUAUUUGGAUAUAUUUUUAGGUAUAUUUUUGAAGAGUUAAUAGAUUUUUUUGAUGGAUCGAAUAAUAUAUCUUGUUUUUUUGGAGGGUUCGAAGUGACGAUUUUUGGAAAUUAUUGGGAAUUCUUGGGGCAAAAAAAGAGGUUGAAAUGAAAAAUUCGGAGAAAAAUUGAUUCUGGAAACGGAAUUUUUCAGAAGAAAAAUCGAUGUUUUUUUACUAUUUAGGGAAGAUUCACAAAUUUUUUUCCUUUGAUUUGAUUUUUAAGAGGUAAUAGUUUUUUAUGAGGAUUUUGAAGAUAGAAAAGUUUGAGACAGAAAAAAAAAAUGGUUAAAAUUGGAAUUAUUCCAAAAAAACUGCGACUAGACACGAAUUUUUUUGCAGAAAAUCGGAUUUUUUUCAGAUUUUUUUCAACGAAAAUUUCAGAGGAAUUAUAUCGAAGUCUUCGCUUGAAAUCGUUGAUUCACCAGUUAUGAAAUUAAAAUUGAUUUUUUCAGAGACCUCUGGCCCAUCGAUAUCCCCAUGGAGAUGGCAGAUCUGGACAAGCCGAAUGUAUCUUCAAAAAAAAAAAAUCAAAAAUCGAUAAAAAUGACUUUUAGAAACGCCACGUGGCCCGAAAUAAGUUCUACCAACCGGCCGUCGUCGGCCUCCAACACAUGACGACCCACAGUAAUCCCGUCGAGAAGCUAAACUCGCUCCAUCGCACUUUCGAUCUCAUCCAAGAGGUGUGUUUGUCUGAUUUUUUUGGGCCUUCAAGUCGAAUUUUUGAGCUUGGUUGGACUUUUUUUGACUCUAAAAAUGAACUCUCAGGGCCUGGAAAAAUUAUUUGAAGCCGUUUUUUGGGUAGAUGAGAAGCUUACUUCGGAAAGUUUUGUGAAAUUUUAUUUUUGAUUUUUUCCUGAUUUUUGGAUUUGAAGCUUGACUGGACUUUUUUGGCUUCUUAAUUUGGACUUUAAGAUUAUGGAAAAAUCCUUUGAAGCCUUUUUUAGGUAGCUUUUUUCGAAAUGAAAAAAAUUUUUGAAAAUUGGAAGCUUGAUUGGACUUUUUUUCGGUUUGAAAGUGGGAUUUUUAGAGCUCGGAAAUGUUUUGGAGCCAUUUUUACGUCGAUCAAAAAUUUUAUUUUGAAAAAUUUGAAAUUUACUCUAUAUUUUCUGAGCAGAUUUUAUGGGUUUGAGUGGUGACAUGGAGGUUCUGGACUUCAUUGGAUUUUUUGGCUGA